AGUGCGAAGUGACGUCACCGAACCGGAGGCCGGCUGAUCCUCCAACGCGGCUCUUUCUGUGUUGUCACACGGGCCGGGAAACAACAACCCAGGCCGGGAUUUUGGAGCGAGGCGGUGUUCCCACUCCUCCAACCGUGUCUGUAUCCGUAUGUGUGCGUGUGUUUUGGCCGGUAUUCUCGUGAUUCGGUAACCGGGGGAAGAUGGCGGACCCGGCGGAGUGCACCAUUAAAGUCAUGUGCCGUUUCAGGCCAUUGAAUAGCUCGGAGGUGACGAGGGGGGACAAAUACAUCGCCAGAUUUCAGGGAGAGGACAGCGUCGUGAUCGGGGGUAGGCCGUAUGUGUUUGACAGAGUUUUCCAGUCCAAUACGUCUCAGGAGCAAGUGUACACAGCCUGCGCUCAACAAAUCGUCAAAGAUGUACUUGGGGGCUAUAAUGGAACCAUUUUCGCCUAUGGUCAGACAUCCUCGGGCAAAACGCACACAAUGGAGGGAAAUCUCCAUGACACAGAUGGAAUGGGAAUCAUUCCCAGAAUUGUGCAAGACAUCUUUAACUAUAUUUACUCUAUGGAUGAAAACCUGGAGUUCCACAUUAAAGUGUCAUAUUUUGAGAUUUAUAUGGAUAAGAUUCGGGACCUGUUGGAUGUUUCAAAGACUAAUUUAUCUGUACAUGAAGACAAAAACAGGGUUCCUUAUGUCAAGGGCUGCACUGAGCGAUUUGUUUCCAGUCCAGACGAGGUGAUGGACACUAUUGACGAGGGCAAAUCUAACAGACAUGUAGCUGUGACAAACAUGAAUGAACACAGCUCCAGGAGUCACAGUAUUUUCCUGAUCAAUGUGAAGCAGGAGAACACACAGACAGAACAGAAGCUCAGCGGGAAACUCUACCUAGUCGACUUGGCAGGCAGUGAGAAGGUCAGUAAAACAGGAGCUGAAGGCGCUGUGCUGGAUGAAGCCAAAAACAUCAACAAGUCUCUGUCAUCUCUGGGCAACGUGAUAUCAGCCUUAGCCGAGAGCUCGACCUACAUUCCAUACAGAGACAGUAAAAUGACAAGGAUCUUGCAGGAUUCUCUGGGUGGAAACUGCCGGACCACCAUCGUCAUCUGCUGCUCUCCUUCUUCAUAUAACGAGGCCGAGACCAAAUCAACCCUUAUGUUCGGACAGAGAGCCAAGACGAUUAAGAACACAGUGAUUUUGAAUGUAGAGCUGACAGCAGAGCAAUGGAAGAAGAAAUACGAGCGAGAGAAGGAACGAAACAAGAGCCUUCGAAACACCAUCACAUGGCUGGAGAACGAACUCAACCGCUGGAGAAAUGGUGAAAGCGUACCUGCAGAGGAGCAAUUUGAUAAAGAGAAGAUUAAUGCUGAAGUGUUGGCGCUGGAUAACACCAUUAAUAAUGAUAAAUUUGCAUCCACACCAAGCAUGCCGCCCAUGCCAGGGAUGCUAGGAGUCCGACUCACCGAUGUUGAGAAGGAAAAAUGUGAGGUUGAACUCGCCAAAAUGUACAAGCAGCUUGAUGACAAGGAUGAAGAGAUUAAUCAGCAGUCUCAGCUGGUGGAGAAGCUCAAGCAGCAGAUGUUGGACCAGGAAGAGUUGCUGGCCUCGUCAAGAAGAGACCAUGAUAACCUGCAGUCAGAGCUGACUCGUUUACAGCUGGAGAACGAUGCAUCUAAAGAGGAGGUGAAGGAGGUGCUGCAGGCCCUGGAGGAGCUCGCUGUCAACUACGACCAGAAAAGUCAGGAGGUGGAGGACAAAACCAAGGAGUUUGAAGCCCUCAGCGAAGAACUUGGUCAGAAGUCUAGUACUCUGGCGUCUAUAGACUCAGAGCUGCAGAAACUGAAAGAAAUGGCCAAUCACCAGAAGAAGAGGGUAACUGAGAUGAUGUCAUCACUGCUAAAAGAUCUGACUGAGAUUGGCAUUGCAGUGGGCAACAAUGACAUCAAGCAGCACGAGGGGAGUGGUCUUAUAGAUGAAGAGUUCACUGUAGCCAGACUCUACAUCAGUAAGAUGAAGUCUGAAGUCAAAUCAAUGGUCAAACGUUGCAAGCAGCUAGAAAACACUCAGUCUGAGAGCAACAAAACCAUGGAUGAAACUGAGAAGGAGCUUGCAGCAUGCCAUUUACUCAUCUCCCAGCACGAGGCAAAGAUUAAGUCUCUGACGGAGUAUCUGCAGAAUGUAGAGCACAAGAAGAGACAGCUUGAGGAGGAUGUGGACUCUCUCAAUGAAGAGCUGGUCAAAAUCAGUGCACAGGAGAAGGUCACUGCAAUGGAGAAAGAGAGUGAGAUUCAGAGUGCCAAUGAGGUCAAGGAAGCGGUUGAGAAGCAGAUCCAGAGUCACAGAGAGGCCCAUCAGAAACAGCUCAGCAGCCUGAGAGACGAACUGGAAACCAAAGAGAAACUCAUUACAGAUCUACAAGACCUGAAUCAGAAGAUCUUGCUGGAGCAGGAGCGUUUGAGGGUAGAACAUGAAAAACUCAAAUCCACCGACCAGGAGAAGAGCCGCAAACUACACGAGCUCACUAUGAUGCAGGACCGCAGAGAACAGGCCAGACAGGAUCUGAAAGGCUUGGAGGAGACUGUGGCCAAAGAGCUGCAGACUCUGCACAACCUCAGGAAACUAUUUGUUCAGGAUCUGGCCACUCGUGUAAAAAAGAGUGCAGAGAUGGACUCUGAUGAAACUGGUGGCAGUGCUGCUCAGAAGCAGAAGAUCUCUUUCCUGGAAAACAAUCUAGAACAACUCACCAAGGUCCAUAAACAGCUGGUGCGUGAUAACGCUGACCUGCGCUGUGAGCUUCCUAAACUGGAGAAGCGUCUGCGGGCGACGGCGGAGCGUGUGAAGGCUCUAGAGUCAGCACUCAAAGAGGCCAAAGAGAACGCGUCCCGUGACCGCAAGCGCUACCAGACAGAGGUGGACCGCAUCAAAGAGGCCGUGAGAGCCAAAAACAUGGCCCGCAGAGGACACUCCGCACAGAUAGCUAAACCCAUCAGGCCUGGGCAACAGACAUAA